AGAACUACUGAGUGGUGUGCAAAGGUGUAAUAUUCACUCAAGGACUCAGGAACAUUGCUUUUUCUCAAAAAGCCGACAUGAACAACACCACUGAGGAGGCGGUGGAGCCACAGCCGGUCUAUGCUGUGCUCUUUGGCUGCAUCUUGGCCCUUGGUCUGCCUCUCAACGCUGUGUCUCUGUGGAUUCUGCUUCACCACCACAGCCUCAAGUCACCCAGCGCUGUCUUCAUGGUCAACCUGGCAAUCUCAGACCUGCUGCUCGUCAUCUCCUUGCCCAUGAGGGUCUAUUUCUAUGCAACAGGUAACUGGCCUCUAAGCAACGCAGCGUGCCUCAGUGUAACAGGACUCUUUCACACCAACAUCCACUCCAGUUCUAUCUUCAUCACCUUCAUCAGCGUGGACCGGCUGCUGGCUGUAGUUUAUCCUCUGAGGUCACGGCAUCUUCGAACCUCAACCAACGCCUGGAAAGGUGCUGGACUCAUUUGGCUGAUUUUGUUGGUGGCUAUUAUCUCAGUGAUGGUGAGGCUUUCAGGACAACCACCACACAACCACACCUGUUUUGUACCACAUGAUGCAAAUGAUACUGAUCCUGAAAUAUCACCAGCUGAUUAUCUUGAUCCUGUGGUGGUGUCCAUCCUGCUGGCAGUCAACGUUGUGUGCACUGCUAUGGUGUUGUGGACUCUACGCAGUCAUCUCAGUGACUCUGCAAAGGUCAAGAACAAGUUGAAUGUAAUGCUGAUUUUUGUGCUGAAUUUGGUCAUAUUCACCAUAUGUUUCUUACCUCUGUCAAUUAGUUUGGUUACAGUUCAUGACCGUUUGCCAAUGAUAUGUCUUGCUGCUGCGAACUGUUGCCUGGAUCCACUGCUGUAUUAUUUUUCUUUUGAUGCUUUCUGGAAGAAAAAAGAAGCUGUGGAACUAUCAUGAGAAUAGUGCAAAAAAACCCAAACAUAUUUACAUGAGGUGGUGUCAGAUCUCCAAUGAGAUGUAGUUUUCCUAUUUUCCUGCAAAAUAUGGGGCAUGGGAUGUAUAUUUGGUUACAAGCUAGACUAUGUGAUGUUUUUACAUUUGUCUUUUUAUCAGGAAACCAAAAAUUAUUGGUAAAAAGACAAAUGUGUAUCAUUUUUUUAACCAAUUUUCUUCAGGUACUUAUGAGUUUUCAUUUAUUGUACAGACAUGACUGAUCUUCUCAUCAUUUACCAUAAGGUAAAAAGACCUUUGACAUGGUUUAUCAUGAUGCAUUUAAUACUAGUGUGAAUUAUACUCCUCUUCACUGUAUGAUAAUGUUGGUGGUCAUCCCUCUCUGUAAGGUAUAAGGCCUCAUUGCUGAAGUUUGAUUCAGUUUUAUCUUUCAGGCAAAUCAGUUUUUGAAUGUAACGUUUUUAUUUCUGUCGAUUCAUUUAUUUUCAGUUCUUAAAUGCUUUAAUUAUUGCUUUUAAUUAUUUUACUAAAUUUGCUUUUUAAUAUUUUUAUUGUCAUUGUUAUCCAAGUUUUUUACUUGUGUGUGUACACCUUUAGCUUUCUUACUUGACUGCACUGUAGAUGAGGCCUCCAGACUUCAAUGUAUUCCAAGUUUAAAUAAAGAUUGAAAACAAUGUUUCACCAUUUGUUAGCCACCCAAAUGCAUCCAGUGUUUUUUUGUUUUCUUUUCAGUCAUCUGAACUGAACUGAGGCCGCAUGUGAAACAUCUAUUCAGAUUUUAAUGCAGUUGAAUGGACAAAAGGAGGCAGGAAUGGUUUUUGAUGUGAGACAAGGCUUCAGAAAGUCACUGAUACUGACCAUAGACUGUAUAUAAAGACGGACGUAGCACCCGGGACGUCACCCCUUGGUUUCUGCACUGAGAAAAUGAAGCCUCUUCCUGGUUGACAUCUUGGAUUUUUGGAGACAGUGAUGACAACAAGGGCGGAGCCGGAGAGCAGUGAUUGGUCAGACUGACUGAGAGCCGGAGAGCAGUGAUUGGUCAGACUGACUGAGAGCCGGAGAGCAGUGAUUGGUCAGACUGACUGAGAGCCAGAUUGGUCAGACUGGCUGAGAGCCAAGGAUUCUCUGUCCCGCCCUCAUUUACCGGAUCUGCUGUUUAGCUACGCUGCUGCUAACAACGUUAGCCUCUAGUGAUGGCUGAUCGAGGCUUUGUUGAAGCUUCGACACUUCAUUCAAAACAUGGUUCAUUACUUGAGGCCUCAAUGACACACAGUGCUCGAGUAGGACAUCUAGUGGUCAAUAAUAUGAAGUGCAAUCAAGAUGUGGUCGUUGGUUCAUGGAUUGUUUUGGAUUUGAUUCGCCAUGCACACAUUCCUGUUUGACUACACUAGAUGAUUGUAUGGGUUGUAGUGGACACAAAAAUAAUAUUACUAGUAAUAAUAAUGACAAUAACUAUUGAAGAGCACGUUUCUUAUUUCCCAUGUUUGUCUGUAUCCCUAUAUACUCUUUGCUUAUAUUCUGUGUUAUGAAACUAAACGGUGCUGCUACAUUCAUGAGAUGUGCUCUAUAAAUACAGACUGAUGUCAUU